AUGUCUGCUACUGACUUGCAGAAGCAUGUCAUAUAUACCACGCUCACUCUGAACUCAACUACCCUAUACACAUAUGAGAACUUCCUGCUAAUCCACAGAGUCAAUAACUUGAACUGCUCGGAAAUAGUAUCUCAAGAAUUGGGUCUUAUCAAUGCUUCCAAGACCCUUGUAGGCUCCAUAUCAGUAGCCACGAGCUCCUCGGUGACCCAAUCUAACUUGAUGCUUUACUUUAUGAAGAAAUCUUUAACUAAUUCCGAUGGCAGCAGUGACCUUUUGACGGUUGUGGCUAUCGCCAACGUAAACGUGAAUAAAAUGCUUAUCUUAUCGAUUCUCAAGAAGAUCAUGGAUAAGUACAUUUCAUUUAAACUGGAAAUUGAAGGCGAAAGCACGACCACAACAACUACCUCCACCAACUCCCAGAGCACAAACGACACCAAGGCUAAGCUCAGCAAAUUCAAGCCGUACAUGUACCAAAUUAUUAAGUUUGAAGAAAUGAACUAUGAUACCAACAUUCAUGCCUAUAAAUACGGUGCUGCCUCUACACAGAAUCAGCUGCAGCUGCUGCGUUAUACAGAUGAAGAAUCCGAUUCUCUAUUUGACUCAGAUGUUAUAAACCCCAACCAGUUGCUCUUAGCAAAUGAGGAAAUAGAUGAAGUUCGUCAGUUGAUGUUGGACAACAUUAACAAGGUGAUGAAUAGAGGUGAUAAGAUAAACAAUUUAGUGGAUCAAACAGAUCGGUUGAACAACUCAUCCCUGGUGUUCCAAAAGAAAGCUCUCACCAUAAAGCGCAAAAUGUGGUUAAAUAACGCAAGGUUCGUGUUAUCUCUUGUGAUCGGUGCUGCAUUUAUAUUGUACCUACUUAUCGCUACUGAAUGUGGUUUCCCCUUCUUCAGUAAGUGCAUCCCCUAA